UCUUAAGAUGGCGUACACGUUUGGCCACCUGAGUUUACUUUGUGUGUUUGCGAGCACUGUACUCUUGGACCUUGUAGAAGCCCGCUAUUGUUACUCCUACUACGAUUAUUAUCUGGAGUACUACAACUACUACUGCACAUACUAUCUACCUAUUGGUACCAUUGCGGGAGGAGUAAUUGGGGCAUUGAGUGGCUUGGCAGUACUAAUUGGACUACUGGUCUAUUUCUGCUGCAUCAGACCACGCCGUCUGGCGGCUAGGGGGACAGUUUUCCAACCAGCUGGAUCCAAUGUAGCCGUGGUCGCCACACCAACUGAAGGUGUGCAGUAUGGAGGUGGUUUCGUCAACCCGGCUGCUUACCCACCAGGGACUCAGCUCGCCUACCCACAGUACACAUACCCUCCACAACAGCAAGGUCCCCCUACCGGGUAUCAACCCCCUCCUACUUACAAAUAAACUGCAAAGUGGAAGAAUUUUUGUGACUAUCUAUACAAUAUAACAUACUCGCAUUUAUGCAUUCUCAAAAAUGUUGAUAUAACUUUGUCCAGCAUAUAUAUAUAUAUUUUGUAAAGAAUAACACAUUUGUGAGCGAAUACUAUAUUUUACUUAUGUAAUUAACAUUUUCAUGUUUUGUUAUUGUUGUUUUUGAGAAUUUUUAGAGAAAGACAAAGAGCUGCAAAGGAAACUUGUAAUCCUUGAUACAUAGAUAUUUUUUUCUGGGGAUAUUAUUGUUUUUUAAACUGAAAUUUUAGCAGAAAAUGCCAAAUGAAUUGUUUAUUUUUUAAUGUUUGCCAUUGUGUUUGUCUUGAUUUAAACUCUUGAUUUUUUUUUUCUUUUUCUUUUUAUCUUAAUAUUCUAAUACAGAUCCAAAUAUAAG